UGUCCCAGGGUGCCCCGCGCGGCGUGCACUCGGGUCGCUGCCGCCAUCCUGCUGGCGAAAGAGAGGCGAGAGACAGAGAGGCCCGCCCGCUAGCCGGCCCGGCCAGUGUGGGCCAGUGCGUGAGGGCGCGGGGGGCCGUGUCAGCGCGACGCAGAGCGCAGCCGCCACCGCCAAACGGACAUGUUGGAGCCCCGUGCUGCCGCCACCUCCCUUCCCUCCUCCGGCGCACGGGACUGAGCGGGGGCCCGCCGCUUCUGACUGCGCUCGACCGGCCCGGCCUCGCCGCCUCGGCCGCAGCCCCUUCCUGCUCGGCCUCGGCCUCCGCCGCUCGUCGCCUACCGUCCUCCUCCCCCCCACGCCCCAGGCCCUGCCGGCUCCCGGCCCUGCUCCGCCGCGGCGCGAGGUCUAUGUGACCGGCGGGCCCGGAGCAGCCGCCGCAACACGAACAUGGACGCCGUCAACGCCUUCAACCAGGAGCUUUUUUCACUGAUGGACAUGAAACCUCCCAUCUCUAGAGCCAAAAUGAUUUUGAUUACUAAAGCUGCUAUUAAAGCUAUUAAGCUUUACAAGCAUGUUGUUCAGAUAGUAGAGAAAUUCAUCAAAAAGUGUAAGCCAGAAUACAAGGUUCCAGGAUUAUAUGUCAUUGAUUCCAUUGUGAGACAGUCUCGUCAUCAGUUUGGAACUGAUAAAGAUGUUUUUGGGCCAAGAUUCUCUAAAAAUAUAACUGCUACAUUCCAAUAUUUAUAUCUUUGUCCAUCUGAAGAUAAGAGUAAAAUAGUUCGUGUGCUAAAUCUUUGGCAAAAAAAUGGAGUAUUCAAAAUUGAAAUUAUUCAGCCUCUUUUGGACAUGGCAGCAGGAGCCAGUAAUGCUGUUCCAGUAGCAGAAAAUGUUACCAACAAUGAAGGCUCACCUCCACCCCCAGUAAAAGCCUCUUCUGAACUUGCACAAGCUUCCACAAACUCCAUGCCUACUUUACCACAGUUGCCGAGCUCUGAUGCCUUUGCUGCUGUGGCUCAGCUGUUUCAGACAACCCAAGGCCAGCAGCUGCAGCAGAUCCUUCAGACUUUUCAACAGCCUCCAAAACCACAGUCUCCCGCCCUUGACAAUGCUGUGAUGGCUCAGGUUCAGGCUAUCACAGCUCAGUUAAAGACAGCUCCUACACAACCACCUGAGCAAAAAGCUGCUUUCCCCCCACCUGAACAAAAAACUGCAUUUGACAAGAAGCUGCUUGAUAGAUUUGAUUAUGAUGAUGAGCCUGAAGCUGUGGAAGAUGCAAAGAAAGAGGAUGCUGCUGUCACCGCUGUAGCCUCUGCUGCUGCUGCUGCUCCUACACCCACUGUGGCCACACCUGCCAUUGCUCCUGCUGUGCCAGUCCCCUCUGCCACCUCGCCCCCUCCUCCACAGGUGCCAUUUGGCUAUCCUGGGGAUGGCAUGCAGCAGACAGCCUACACACAACAUCAAAGUAUGGAUCAGUUUCCCCCUCGGAUGAUGGGAAUGCAGCAGGAUACAGUGCACCAUCAGGUUCCACUUCCUCCUAAUGGACAGAUGCCAGGAUUUGGGCUUCUCUCUGCACCUCCAUUUCCUCCCAUGCCACAGCCUGGAAUGCCGCAGCCUGGGAUGGCCCAGCCUGGGAUGCCUCAGCCUGGGAUGCCUCAGCCUGGGAUGCCGCAGCCUGGGAUGGCCCAACCUGGGAUGCCGCAGCCUGGGAUGGCCCAACCUGGGAUGCCGCAGCCUGGGAUGGCCCAACCUGGGAUGCCGCAGCCUGGGAUGGCUCAACCUGGGAUGCCGCAGCCUGGAAUUCCACCCCCAACGCCACCAGUACAACCAACUUUCCAACCUACUUUUCAGCCACAAAAUGAACCCCUUUCACAAAAACCACAUCAGCAGGAAAUGGAAGUAGAACAGCCUUGUAUCCCAGAGGUUAAGCGGCACGUGCCAGAGAGCAGAAAAUCGAGAUCUAGGUCAGCAUCCAGGUCACCAAAAAGAAGAAGAUCUAGAUCUGGCUCUAGGUCUCGGAGAUCCCGCCACCGACGUUCUCGGUCCCGGUCCAGGGACAGGCGCCGGCACUCACCUCGGUCUCGAUCUCAAGAAAGACGGGAUCGAGAAAAAGAGAGGGAACGGCGACAAAAAGGCCUCCCUCAGAUCAAGUCAGAAACUGCAAGUGUUUGUAGUACCACACUGUGGGUGGGACAGCUGGACAAAAGGACUACUCAGCAGGAUGUUGCCAGUCUCUUAGAAGAGUUUGGUCCUAUUGAAUCAAUUAAUAUGAUUCCUCCCAGAGGUUGUGCCUAUAUCGUAAUGGUUCACAGGCAGGAUGCAUACCGUGCCCUGCAGAAACUGAGCCGGGGAAACUAUAAAGUGAACCAGAAAUCCAUAAAGAUUGCCUGGGCCUUAAACAAAGGAAUAAAGGCAGAUUAUAAGCAGUAUUGGGAUGUUGAAUUGGGUGUUACUUAUGUCCCGUGGGACAAAGUCAAACCUGAGGAGCUGGAGAGUUUUUGUGAAGGAGGAAUGUUGGACAGUGACACACUUAACCCAGAUUGGAAAGGCAUCCCCAAGAAGUCUGAAAAUGAAGUUGCUCAAAAUGGAGGUGCAGAAGCCUCCCACACAGAUCCAGUGUCACCCGUACCUAAGCCUUUGCCUGUGCCUGUCCCUCCUAUUCCUGUUCCUGCACCUAUCACAGUGCCCCCUCCACAGGUCCCACCUCAUCAACCGGGCCCUCCUGUAGUUGGUGCUCUCCAGCCACCUGCUUUCACACCUCCCUUAGGAAUCCCCCCUCCAGGCUUUGGCCCUGGCGUUCCUCCUCCUCCACCACCAUUUUUGCGCCCAGGAUUCAACCCGAUGCAUUUACCACCAGGUUUUCUUCCUCCUGGACCCCCACCUCCUAUAACUCCACCAGUAUCCAUUCCUCCUCCUCACACUCCACCAAUAAGCAUCCCGAACUCUGCUAUCGCUGGUAUAAAUGAAGACACUACAAAAGACUUAUCUAUUGGAAAUCCCAUUCCAACAGUGGUGUCUGGGGCUAGAGGAAACGCCGAGUCUGGUGACAGUGCGAAAAUGUAUGGCUCUGCUGUGCCACCUGCUGCACCCACGAGUCUGCCUACCCCUCCUGUAACCCAGCCUGUUUCACUUCUUGGCACUCAAGGAGUUGCACCUGGUCCUGUAAUUGGGCUCCAGGCACCAUCUUCUGGUCUUCUUGGUGCCAGACCUGGCAUGAUCCCACUCCAGCGCCCCCCAGGGAUGCCUCCACCUCACUUGCAGCGGUUUCCUAUGAUGCCACCUCGCCCCAUGCCACCGCACAUGAUGCACAGAGGUCCGCCUCCAGGACCAGGGGGCUUUGCUAUGCCCCCUCCUCAUGGAAUGAAAGGGCCCUUUCCACCACAUGGCCCUUUCGUUAGGCCUGGUGGAAUGCCAGGGCUUGGGGGCCCAGGCCCAGGCCCGGGAGGACCAGAAGAUAGAGAUGGAAGGCAGCAACAGCCGCAGCAACAACAACAGCAGCAGCAGCCGCAGCCACAACAGUCACAGCCACAGCAGCCACCACCGUCACAGCAGCCAGCACCAGCUCAGCAGCAGCCACAGCAGUUUAGAAAUGAUAACAGGCAGCAGCUCAAUUCAGGUAGAGACCAAGAAAGGUUUGGAAGAAGAUCUUUUGGAAAUAGGGUGGAAAAUGACCGGGAACGUUAUGGCAACCGUAAUGAUGAUAGAGAUAAUAGUAACCGUGAAAGGAGAGAGUGGGGAAGAAGGAGCCCUGACCGGGACAGACACAGAGACUUGGAAGAGAGAAAUAGGCGCUCUAGUGGGCAUCGGGACCGAGACAGGGAUUCUAGAGACAGAGAGUCUCGUAGAGAGAAGGAAGAUAAUCGAAAAGAGAAGCAUGAGCUCACAGACAGGGCAGGUGGUAGCAAAGCCAGUGAACCUCCCCUUAGCCAAGUGGGAAACGUAGACACUGUUUCAGAACUUGAUAAGGGGGAGGCCAUGGCCACAGUGGUAAAACCUGAAGAGUCACCUGCUGAGGCUACCUCAUCCGUUGAACCCGAGAAGGAUUCUGGCUCAGCAGCAGAGGCUCCUCGCUAGAGACUGGAUAUGACAGAAUGUGACAGUGACACUUGGGUGUAGAGCUGAGGUGUACAGAUGCUGUAUAAUAUUUGCUCCUGCUACAUCACCCCACAGUAGUUGAUGGGGACUGUAAGCAAUUUGAUUGCUUCCCUUCUAUUUAAAAAUAGCCACAAAAUAACAAAAAAUACUGAAAAUAUAUUACCCUUUUUUGCUGUAACUUUUUAAAAGUUUUGGCUUUUAAAAGUUUACAAAUCCUAAUUAGAAGUGCUCUCUAUUUUUUUUUUUAAUUUAAGACAAGGUAACGGUGAAAGCUCCUCAAACAAUAGGGAUGUUUUUAAUAAACUCUAUUUUCGUAACAAACUUUAAUGUGUGCUAUUCUUCAUACACUGCAUUAAGGUGGAAAAGGAUGUUAGCCAUCUAAGUUUGAGCUGUUGAUAAUGUAUUGGAGUCUAGACUUUUUGGGGAAAAGAACACUUACAUGAAUUCUAUUUUAAUAUUUUGGUCAUAAUUUGAUUAUAAGGUAAAAAUUAGUGAGCUUAACGUUAAACUAAGAAACCUGUGUUCUUUUUUCCCGUUGGCUUUGUGGUAAUGUUGCCAUAAUUAAUUUGUAAAGAUUUGCUAAGAGAAAUAAUUGGAUUCCCAACAUUACACAUGACACUACAAAUUACCUGAUUGCCUGGGCUUCACUUAACUUAGAAAGUUGAGUGUGUUGUUUAUAAUCAUUCUGUUCAAAUUGCUAAGGUGUAAAACAAGGUCAAGGUUAAUGUAUGCAACCAGAAAGUGUUUUUAUAGAUUAGGUAUAGUGUAACAUCUCUUGUAUGCUUUGUUUCCUUCAUCUUCAACAACCCGAGUACACUGCACUUUUUGCUACUACAAACUGAGACUCCAAUAGUAUUGAAAGCGCUGACAUAGAAGUCAGGGACUUAAUGUUAGUUAGGUAUUACAGUUCUCAACCUUCCUAAUGCUGUGACCCCUUAUGUUUUGGUGACCCCAACCAUAACAUUUUUUUUGCUACCUCAUAACUGUAGUUUUGUUACUGUUUUUAAUCAUAAAUAUCAGAUGUGGAAUCCCCCCCCCCCAAGGGGGUUCUGACCCACAGGUUGAGAAGCACUGAUUUACAGUCUGAACGACUUUUUCCUAAACCUACAUUAAGGACAAGUACAAUAACUCAGCCAGUAAAGACACUUUCUGCCAUCUUUGAUGGCCUCAGCUUCAUCCCUGGGACCCAAGUGGUGGAAGAACUGGUUUUCCCCUCAUACACAUACCCUAAAAAUAGGUAAAUGUGAUUUUAAAACUGCAAGGUCCUAAAUGGGCUUAGCUGUAGAGUGCCGAGAAGUUCCUUUUUGUAUGGUCUCACUUGAAUUUUAAAUGCAAGGUCUUUAUGAUAAUGCAGCUGUCCUGGGUUUAGUUUUAUGCUGACCCUACUUAGAUUAUUAAGUUUUUGCUCUAGAAUACUUCUGAAAAAUUAUAUCCAAUUUUCCAGUGCCCAAAUUUCAAGAACAGGCUUGCAUUCCCAACUAAAAGUACUGAGAAAUGACCCACUAAGCAGAAGAGCUCUUGUGACUACACCAGAUGCUUACUCUCUGCAUUUGAGUCACCCCACUCAGCACUACUUAAGAAAUAUGUGACAGUUUCCUCAAACUUCAGCAUAGCCACUUAGGAACACAUUCCAGUUUUCAAACUUGGAAACACCAAAACUUGUACCAAGUAUGUGAUUGUGAAUGAGUAGGACUAUGGCUUACACCUGAUUUGUCAAAAGUAUUUCAGUUGAAUGAACUAUUUCAGAUAGCCACAAGCCAGUUAGGUUAGUUUUUCCUGUAGUUAAGUCAGGAUUAAGGCAGGACCUCCAAUUUGGUUUCCUCUGCCUCCCCCAGUGCUGCUGUGAUUUUUCCAGAGCACCAAAGAUGACACCAGCUUCGCCUGAAAAGUAGAGUAGGUAAUUGCCUUUUACAAGUUCAAUGCAAGUUAUUCAGGGGCUUUUUCUUAAAUUAUAAUCACUAAAUUUUUAUUUUAAAAUAGCUAUUUUGAAUCUAAAUGAAGAGCUUUAGGUAAUUUCUCUGAAGCUACUAAUGAAGGGCAACAUAUUUUCUAAGACCAAGUUUGGUUUGGGCUACCACAGUCAAGGCCAGCCAUACAUUUUGACAGUAUCAUACAAAACACUUUCAAAACGGAGUACUAUGAAAGUUAGCAUCACUUACUCUUCUUGAUGCUUAAUAUAUGUAAAGCACUAGCUGCAAAUUUAUAUUUGUGUACAUUAAUAGGCUCAAAAUAAGUGUCACUUUGUUGUUUACUCACAGGUUUAAAUGAGAAUUAACUUGAGUUUCAUACCUAUGUGUAACUAAGUCCGGAAAACAGAGGCACAGGAAACCGGCUUUAGUUCAGUGAGUUAUAGAACUAUACACAUCUCCCGAGCAUCAUCAAUCAGUUCUCAUUACAAGUUAAGCAAUCAAAGAGGAGUCACACAGUUACACCUUUAAUUUUACAGUUUAAUGUUCUAGGUUUUUUCUACAGUUUAGCAGGACAGUAGAUGAGUUUGAGACUCAGCCACAAAGGGAAUGUUUACUGGGCAAUCCCAAUCACACCACAGGCCAAACGGCUUCCGGCAUUUCCAGUCUUUGUACUUUCAUCAUUUCCACCUUUGCCCAAGUCAUCUUCUUUCUCGUGGACCUUUGAAAAGAAUAAUUAGGAACAUUUAGUUUGGGCAAUCAAGUAAUUAAUUAGCACUUUCUGGCAAUACCACAAAGACUUAAAAUGGUCACGGACAUUACAAAAUUUUCAAAUCUAUUAGUAAAUUAAGCUAAUAUUUAUACUAGUAGUUAAGAGCAAACAACUAAGUUUUUCCUUGCUAGUGUAUGUUACUGUUUCUAAAUGAAACACUGAAGACUCAAGUGCCUGUACCAGGCCAUGUGGUAUUAUCCUCACACAUACAUAACCCCAAAAUUCCUUGCUAUCAGAAUCUCAUAUCAAUGAACUACAGGCCUACAAAUAAGAAGCAAUUCUAAAUAUCUUUAUUUAGCAACAAAACUAAAUCUUAUUUUUAGAACAUUUAUAAAUGACUGUUCUGCUUCACCAAUAGGGCUGAAGAAAAUUCUAAGGAUAAAGGGUCAACUGAAAGGAAGUGCCUACUGAAAAGGUAGCUGCCUGAGGUGGGCAAGAGCCUUUACUGCUUGUUCUGCAUGAACCAGAUUCAGCUCCCGAGGGUAACUUGGGAAGACGGCUCCCAUAUGGUAACCAAGCGAUGAUAACCUACAGACUUGAAUAUUGACAUCCAUUGCAGAUUUUACACUCAACGAAAUGUUUAACUGUAAGGGGGCAAUCAUGGCAAGAAAAUCUGGCUGUUUCUUCAACUUAGACCCAGUCUGAUCAAAUGUAACCUGCUUUCUACUUACUACAUCUCAGCAGAACAGUGUUAAUGGACCUAGGCAAAUUAACUUUUCACUAUCAUAUCCAAUAAAAACUUUUUCCUAUUCUGAACUCUUAACAAUUUAUGUGAUUCUUUAGAAACGAGUCUUGUUAAUGGACCUAGGCAAAUUAACUUUUCACUAUCAUAUCCAAUAAAAACUUUUUCCUAUUCUGAACUCUUAA